AUGAAGAUGUGUUUAUCGCUGAGUGCCAUCUUCGGGCGCGAUUCUGUCGUCACCGAGAACGACGAUGCCUAUGACCAGUUCACCGGCGGUUUCUGGUCCGAGAUCCAGGCUGAUGUCAACCCCCAGUGCAUCUUCAAGCCCUCCAAGGCCGGGGGCGUUUCCAUAGUCGUGCUGCUGUCGCGACUGACGCAGUGCCUCUUUACCGUCAAGAGCGGUGGUCACGCCGCCUUUGCCGGUGCAUCCAACAUUGAUGGCGGCAUCAGCGUCACCUUUGAGAAGAUGCAGGUUGUCACCGUGUCGUUCGACAAGCAAAAGGUCAAGAUCCAGCCCGGAAGCACCUGGGGCCAGGUCUACGAGACGCUGGAGAAAGACGAGAUCACCGUGACCGGCGGUCGUGUCGGCAAGGUCGGUACGGGUGGUCUGACCCGCGGCGGCGGCAUCUCCUUCUUCUUCAACAAAUACGGCUGGGCUUGCGACAAUGUCCCCACCUACGAGGUCGUCACCGCUGCCGGGUACAUCAUCAACGCCACUGAGAACUCGAACCCUUCCCUGUACUGGGCCCUCCGUGGCGGCGGCAACAACUUUGGCAUCGUCACCGCCUUCACCUUCCGGGCCAUACCUCUCCCUGGUGGCAUGAUGUGGGGUGGAACCAAGACGUAUCUCGAGAACGACUUCGCCGACCUCACCGAGGCCUUUGUCCAGACCACCAUUGCCGACUCCACACAGGAGCGGUCCCUCCUCGCGUACGCCCAAGCCCAGGACGUGUCGAAGCCGUCCGGUUUCCGCGAGCUGUACUACGGCCUCACCGUCAAGGCCGGCUCCGAAAUAGCCGUCAAGGCCCGCGACGUCUUCUUCGAAGAGCAGCCCAAGCUCGCCGACGUCGAGGGCGACAACCCCGUCCUUCUCCUCCAGGGCAUCACGACCGAGCAGAUCAAGCACAUGAGCGCCCACGGCGGCAACCCGCUAGGUAUCGACCUAGCUGACGGGGCCCUGUACCUGAUCCAUAUCGCCUGCUGGUGGUCCAAUGACGAGGACGACGAGCGCGUGUACAGCUGGAUCUCCAACUUUUUGACUCGCAUCGAGUCCGAGGCCACGACGCUCGGCAAGCAGAACGACUAUAUCUACAUGAACUACGCCAGCCUAUACGAGGACGUCAUUGCCAACUACGGCCCAGCCAACGUCGACAAGCUCAAGAGCAUCGCCAAGUUUUACGAUCCCACCGCUGUCUUCCAGAAACUCCAGCCGGGCCACUUCAAGCUCGAUAAGGCACCGGUCCCUGACGAUAGGUUCUGGUCGGGCGUUAGGAGCUAA